UUCUAUCCGUGGUCUCGUCCCUUGUUGUUCCACCUUCCCGUUCUCUUCCCACGUUGAAGAAGACAAAGAAGCACAUGGCCGUCACGACGACGCAGAAGACGGUGGUCCUCUAUCCCUCGCUGGGCGUCGGCCAUCUCAACCCCAUGGUGGAGCUGGCCAAGGUCUUCCUCCGCCGCGGCCAGGCCGUGGUCAUCGCCGUCGUGAACCCGCCCGACAAGGACGCCGUCUCGGCGGACGCAUUGGGCCGCCUCGCCGCCGCUAACACCGCCAUCACGUUCUCCCUCAUCCCCGUUCCGUCCCGCGGCAAGGACCACCACUACCCCCACCCCGUGAUGCGCACCAUCGACGUGCUCCGCGCCGCCAACCCCGCGCUACGGGAGUUCCUGCGCACGCUCCCCGCAGUCGACGCCCUCGUGGUCGACAUGUUCUGCGUCGACGCGCUCGACGUGGCCGCCGGGCUCGGCAUCCCCGCCUACUUCUUCUUCGCGUCCGCGGUCGGUGACCUCGCCGUCAUGCUCCACCUCCCGUACUACUACCCCACCGCGCCGUCCUCGUUCAAGGACAUGGGCAAGACCCCGCUCCACUUCCCCGGCGUGCCGCCCAUCCGUGCGUUGGACAUGGCGACCACGAUGCGGGACCGAGAAAGCGAAACCGCCAAGGAACGGCUGCGCCAGUGCGCGCGGAUGCCCGAAGCGACAGGCAUCCUCGUCAACAGUUUCGAUUGGUUGGAGGCGAGAGCGCUGGAGGCGAUCAGGAAUGGCCUCUGCACGCCCGACCGCACAAUGCCGCCACUCUACUGCAUCGGGCCACUAGUCCUUCCUGGUGGACACACGAGAGGAAGCAACGGCGAGAGACACCCGUGCAUCGAGUGGCUUGACGCGCAGCCAGACCGAAGCGUGGUAUUCCUCUGCUUCGGCAGCUUGGGCACCUUCUCGGCGGCGCAGUUAAGAGACAUAGCGCACGGGUUACAGAACUCCGGGCACAGGUUCUUGUGGGUGGUGCGGGACCCGCCCGAGCACAAGAGCAGCAGCAUCUCCGUCGAGCCGGACUUGGAGGCAUUGCUUCCUGAGUCUUUCUCAGAGAAGACAUCCGACAGGGGCUUCGUGGUGAAGAACUGGGCGCCACAGGCCGAGGUGUUGCGGCACGGCGCCGUCGGCGCGUUCGUGACGCACUGUGGGUGGAACUCGGUGCUGGAGGGGAUCGUGUCCGGCGUGCCAAUGAUCGGCUGGCCGUUGUACGCAGAGCAGAGGCUGAACAAGGUGCACGUGGUGGAGGAGAUGAAAGUCGGGGUGGCGGUGGAGGGCUACGAAGAGGAUCUGGUGAAGGCGGAGGAGGUGGAGGCCAAGGUAAGGCUGGUGAUGGAGUCUGAGGAAGGGAGCAAGCUUAGGGAGAGGAUCGCGAUGGCCAAGGAGAUGGCCGCGGACGCUCUGAAGGAAGGGGGUUCGUCUGACGUGGCGUUUGAUGAGUUCAUGAAGGAUCUGGAGAAUGACAGUUCUGAAUCUCGAAAGAAGUCUUUCAUUCAUGCUAACGGACGGGGGACAGAGUAGGAAGGAGUAUUUCGCUUGGGCAUCUCUUCCAAGCUCUUUUUUUGGGCCACAGUAUAACGCUUGAAUUUUCUGAAAUCUCCAGCAAUCUGCACCAAAGCCAUGGCCCAAAACGCAACACGUUAUCUGCUUGUAGGGCGCCCUUGUUUGCACUUCGAGACGGUUGGUUUAUUCUACACUUAUUUAUUUAUUUUUUGUACGAAACCAAUUUCUACUAGCAAUCAUGUGCACAUACGAA